ACACGUGGGUCCAUAGAGCAGUCUGACUGUGCUUCAGACCUGGUCGGAAGGUCUCACUUCGCUGCAAUCAUGUUUCUUCUGUAUUACCUCAAUGAACAGGGAGACCGGGUCUAUACGUUGAAGAAGUUCGAUCCCAAUGGACAGCAGACCCUCUCGGCCCAUCCCGCCCGGUUCUCUCCAGAUGACAAAUACUCCCGACACCGGAUCACCAUCAAGAGACGCUUCAAGGUGCUCAUGACCCAGCAGCCGCUCCCAGUCCUCUGAGAGUCCCUGGAAGUUUCUUGCUUCUUCCACCGCAAGCUGCGCUCGGAGUCCCCGCGGUUCCGUCCGGGCCCGGAAGGCUCCCUCCCACCUUUGUUCUGGAAUCCCGCUCAUCACCGCCCUGGUGUUUGUGUGAGGCCAUCAUGGUAGUAGCAUUGCCCCUCAAAGGCAUACGUUUGGAUCUUUUCAUACUUAUAAUCACUGUCAGAUCAUUAAAAUGAUUUGAAAGAG